ACAGUGCUGCCAAUACAGAGGACCCAUCAACAUUGUUAGCGUGAGAGUAUGUCUUUUGUGAACACCAUCCGACAGUGGGAUGAGGGGGUGGCUUUUGCUGAUCGGGGGGACUGGGCAACUGCACUCAGGGUACUUCUGGAUAUCCAGGAUUCUAACUCAAAAAUCUUUUUCAACAUUGGUUGCCUUCACCUAAUUAACCAAGAACUGGAUGAAGCUGAAAAGGCUUUUGACAACAGCAUCUGCAAAGACGAGCACUUGGCGGUUUCCUUCUUUCAGAGAGGAAUAACAUUUUACAAAAAACUGAAGUUUGAGGAAUCUCAAGGUGAUUUCCAAAAUGCCUUCACAGAAUUGCGAGGGAACCAGCUAAUUGACUACAAACCUCUUGGUCUGCGGUACAAGCUGUACGCCUGUGAGAUUUUGCACAAUAUCGCACUGACCCAAGCCCAACUGGGGCAGUGGGAGAAAGGCCAGGAGAGCCUGCUCACUGCACUCAGCCUCAAAACUGAGUCAAAACAUGGCCACAUUGACAGAGCUCUUGAGUCUGUCCUGAAACAGAAGCUCUUUGAACCAGUUGAGAUCCAAUCAGGGGCAUUGUUUAGACCAAAUAAACACUACGUGGCUGAACUGGAAAAGAAGGACUACCUGGGCAAGGCUAAGGUGGUUGCCUCUAUAAUUCCUCAGGAUGACUUCUCUGGGUUCGCUCCCCUACAACCACAGGUAGAAGAACAGGUUCCUACCAAACAGAAAAUGCCAGAAGUACUGAGGGCACUAGAGGGUGAGCCUCACAGGGUACUAUAUGAGUUUAUCGCUGAGACAGUUGAGGAGUUGACAGUGUUGCCUGGAAACAUUGUGUUUGUAUUACAAAAGGGGGCAGACAACUGGGCCUCUGUCUUCUUCAAUGGGAAGAGGGGUCUUGUGCCUUAUAAUUUCUUGGAGCCAGUUGAAACAACAUUAUCAUCAAAGCAAGGACAGGAGGGGGCUCCAUACAAUGACAUCCCAGCCCCACCACUGGGAAAUCCACCAUCCAGGCCUGAAAAUCGUGCAGCUUUGGAUCCCUCUCAGAAUGCAAAUGCAGUGAAGGCAUCAAAUGAGGAUGACAUGAUGAUAAAAAGCCAAAUGUGUAUUCUGAAAGUACAUUUCAGAUACACUGUAGCAAUUCACACAGCAAAAGGACUUUCAUACAGAACCGUCCUCAAUGAAGUCAGCAAGAAACUUAAUCUGCCAUUGGACACAAUAACCCUGAGCUAUAAGAAAUCAGCCUGUGAUAGAGUAAAUGCAGAUGACCUGGAGAUGGAGAACAUCUGGGGGAGUGCACAGAAUGGUCGUCUGACGUUGUGGUGUGAUGUCAACAAGGACAAAGAAAACAGGCCUUUCUUUGUUGCCCUUCACACGUAUGAGGCUGCGCAGGCAGAGGACUUGGAGUUCUGCCAGGGUGAUGUCAUCACAGUACUAUCAAAAGUAAAUGAACAGUGGCUUGAAGGACAGUGCAAAGGAAAAGUUGGAAUAUUCCCUGCAUGCUUUGCUGAGAAAUCAAUGAGUCUCCAGAGGAAUCCACUUUGAUUUUGUCCCUGGUGAACACCCUGCCACUGGUUCGUGGUUUGUCCCUCCUCGAACCACUGUUGGUAGGUACUCACCACUGCUGACCGGGAGCAAACUACAAGCUUUGCUGUUCCGGAGAGGCUCCGACCCAGUUGUCUGGUCAUAACAAUAUGUCAAAGUCGCUCAGGUCUUUACGCCUGCCCAUUUCUCCCACAUCCAACAUGUUGAACUGUUCGCUUACCGCUUAAUAUAUCCAAGACUUUGACAUGCGCCGCUUGACAUGCGUGACUUAUGGAAUAUUUUGCAACAAUUUAUCUUUUGCAUUAUAAAUGUAAAUUACGUCAAAUUGAAAUUAAAGGUACAAUGGGUAAGAUCUUUGUGUUAAAACAUUGUUGUAAGAUCAUUGUAAAUCCCUUCUUAUCAUCGAAAAAGGCUCACUGACAUGUUGACUCACUCUCUGCCUCUAUUUAUAGUUAACCUACCAAAACAUUGUAUAGCUGCAUAAUAAUUCAAGCUCAUUAGUUGAAAAUUGAUUGUAAUUGCCACAGCCAAUGGCGUUUUAACGUCAGUGUGUUCAUAGAGAAGGAGUGGGAUAAACAUUGUUGUGGUUUGAGCAUGUUUGUUGCUGCAAUUCCUCUCUUGAUCGUUAGAAGUCUGAAAUUACCUAUUGUACCUUUAAUAAAUUAUUAACAUUUGUGUUAAAUCAGAAAUAAUCAUUACAUGUUCCCAGAUGUAUUAUUUCAUACCUACACAAUUGUGAAGUCCGAUGUAUCUUACUGUUGGAAAUUUCAGUUUGCUUGAACAUGCAUUUCUUUGUCCAGUAAAAUUAUGAUAUUCAUACAAUUAAA